AUGUUCAGGACACUUGUACCAGUGUGGAAACUAGAGCAAAGAGGAGGGGAGACCUCUGCCAGAUAUGAGCUUCUGACCCAGGAGCUGAAAUGGAGGCAAAGGAACAGCGCGGCGGUUUGGGAGCUAGGGAGCGCGCGGUCAGCCCUUGGAUCCUGGAUCCCCCGCGCACAGACGGAGACCCCGUCUGAGGCGCUGGGCGUGGGAACCGCGUCCCCAGCUGCGAGUGCGGCCCAGCUGAGCAGUCUCCGCCCGCUCCCUGCCCACGCGUCGUUUGGGCUGGAGAGCGAGCCGCGCCCCGCAGUUCCGCGCCGGGACUCGGCACUCGCCGCCGCCACUCGUCACCGCGACCAGAAGCCGAGCUGGAGCUCGCGGCGCGGGCCUGGGGAAGCUGGCGCCCCAGCGGCAGUUAAGGUCUGGGCUUGGCGGCAGGGCCGCAAGUGCACCAGGAAUGUGAGUCCUUCUCCCCGCGCGCCCCGGAGCUCCCUCCCCAGUUCCCAGGGGCUCCGCGCGCUGGGCCGGCUAGGCUGGUUGAGCCGGGCUGGGUUCUGGCUGGGUCCGCGGAUCCCUCCACGCCUCUCAGUGACUCUCUCAGAUAAAUGCCAGGAAAAUGAAGAAAAAAUAGUUACAAUUUUAUCUGCAAAUGAAAUUUUUGCCUAUCCGUGUUUUAUUAUGUGGACUGAAAACAAAGACACUACAAUUUGGUAUAAAAAUGACAAGAAGACACUCAUAUCUAUGGAAAGAGAUUCCAGGAUUCAUCAGUUCAAUGAUAAACUUUGGUUUGCUCCUACUAAGGUAGAGGACUCAGGAUAUUAUUAUUGUGUGGUAAGAAAUUCAACUUACUGCCUCAGAAAUAAAGUAACUGUGAAAUUUGUGGAGAACGAACCUAACUUAUGCUACAGCAUGGAAGCUCAGUUUCCACAGAGAUUACCUAUUGGAGAGAGUGGACUACUUGUGUGCCCUAAAUUGGAUUUGUUUAAAGAUGAAAACAAUGCAUUCUACAAUAUACAGUGGUAUAAGGAUUGUAAACCUUUACUUCUUGACAAUAUAAAAUAUGCUGCAGAAGGAACUAAACUCAUCAUAAAAAAUGUGACUGAAGAAGAUACAGGGAAAUAUUCUUGUCACACAACCUAUGUAUACUUGGGAAAGCAAUAUCAUAUUUCCCGUGUCAUAGAUUUCCUUCCUCUAGUGGAAAAUGUUCCCCGUUGGCCUUUUAUUAUGACUCCAAAUAAUGACACAAUGGAAGUUGAAUUGGGAUCCCAGAUACAACUGAUCUGCAAUAUCAGUGGCCAGAGUUUUGGCUACUGGAAGUGGAAUGAGUCCUUCAUUGAUGACGAUGAUCCAGUGUUGGCUGAAGAGUAUGUGGAUGGUCCAGUCAAAGCGAAGCAAACAAUUAUAAUGCUUAAUAUUUCAAAAGUGGAAAGUAGAUUUUAUCUACAUCCAUUUGCCUGCACAGCCAUUACUGAGAUUGGCAAAAAUCAAGCAUAUGUCCAAUUAAUACCUCCAGUUCGUGAUUGUCAGAAGCACAUCAUUGGAAUAUUUGUCAUAUUUACAGUAGUGAUUAUAUGUUCCAUUUUCAUCUAUAGAAUAUUCAAAGUUGACAUUGUUCUUUGGUACAGGGAUUCUUGCUAUGACUUCCUCCCAAAAAAAGCUUCAGAUGGAAAGAUCUAUGAUGCAUACAUAUUAUAUCCAAAGACCCUUGGAGAAGGUGCUACCUCUAACUCAGAUAUUUUUGUGUUUAAAAUCUUGCCUGAGGUCUUGGAAAACCAGUGUGGAUAUAAUUUGUUCAUUUUUGGAAGGAAUGACUAUGUUGGGGAAGACAUUGUUGAGGUCAUGGAUGCAAACAUAAAGAAAAGCAGAAGACUGAUUAUUAUUUUAGUCAAAGAUGCAUUAGGAUUCAGCUGGCUGGGCAGUACAUCUGAAGAGCAGAUAGCUAUGUAUAGUGCGCUCAUUCAAGAUGGAAUUAAAGUUAUCCUGCUCGAGCUGGAGAAAAUCCAAGACUGUGAGAAAAUGUCAGAAUCAAUUAAAUUUAUUAAACAGAAGCACAGGGCCAUACGAUGGUCAGGGGACUUUACAGAGAAGCCACAGUCUGCAAAGACAAAGUUCUGGAAAAACGUAAGGUACCAUAUGCCAGCUCAGCGGAAAAUGCCUUCAUCCACAUACAACUCACUGUCUGUAGUCACGAGUCCAGACUCUAUGGAAAACUGCCUGAGAGAAGUUCAUAUGCCUCUUGGAUGUUCUAAUCCCAACAGCAAGCCGAUUUUGGGCUGGCAGAGCCAAAUGAAGGUGGGGCUUAUCUGGUUGUUCAACAUCAUUAGGAAAGAAGUAAAGGGAAAUAGGUGGCAGAAAGGUGCGGUGCACCGAGGCCAAAGAUCCGAAAUCCGAGCCGCCCUGCCCUUCUGGACUGCCUGGGACAGGGGAGGCAACUCCACCUUUGCGGGGCGGUGUGGAGUCCGCGUCCGCCUCCAAAUUGACAGGCUCCCGCAGAUCCGGAAGGUGCAGUAUCGCCAGAGGAGGCGGGUUCCAGGUUUGCUAGGCUUCCUGAGACUCCGGGGCUGGGGCCUGGGCUACCCGCUCGGGGACUCCCGGUGGCGCCGGCAAGCGUGCGACACGUGCGGUCUGGAUCACUCCCCUCUGAGCCCUCCUCAAUCGCCGAGGAAGUUCCUGGCCCUGGACACUGGCGGUGGGGGCGCUGAAAGUAGAGGGGAACAGGAGAAAAAGGAUUCUUUGGGAAUGCGUCCGGAGAAGUGA